AUGUCGCAAAGCACUGAAACAGCUGUCGAUGUGAAGGCAUCCGAAUCGAGUGAUUCAUCAGAAAGCAAGGCAAAGGCUUCUAAAAAGCAGAAAAGACCUGACAAGCCACUGUACGUUCCACCUGGCAGUAAAAGCUCCAAAUCUAGUGAUUCUGAAAGUACUGGCAGUCAGUCAAAGCCUGACAAAGAUAAAGACAAGUCUUGCAAGGAAAACAAUGAGCCUAGUUGGGAUUCUCUGUACGACGACAGUGGAGAUGUGAUCGACAACGAAUUUGUUAAAGAAUUAAACUCCGAGCUUGAAAUCCGAGCUGUCCGUGAUCAACUUACCGCGACGACGCUUGAUUAUUCCAAAUUCACGACGAAUGAGUGGAGCGAUGAAUCACAGCCUGAGACCGGCACCGUACUAGAAGUCUAUGAUUUCGUGAGUGACCUCAAAACUCGAGACCUAAUCAUGAGUAUAUCAUCUACCAAUUCCAAAAACUUUGAUAUCGAUUGGGUGGAUGACACCCACUGCUUGGUAAUAUUCAAUUCAAGCGCACAAGCAUCGGAGGCGCUCAGUAAAGUUUAUCCAAAUUUAAAGUUGCGACCAAUAAGUCAGGGCACCAAAGAAUCUCAGUCGAAAGCUCAAAAGAGAGCUGAAAGCAAGUUAUCAAAAAAGCCUAGACCUCGACCUGAAACGACUACUUUGCUGGCCAGAAGACUGGUUGCGGGUGCCCUGGGAAUUAAAGCAGAUAUGGAUCCAGAGCAGAGGAAAGCUGAGCGAGAAAAGCUUCGUUUGGCCAAAGAAAAAAAACAACAGGUGCAAAAGAAUGUAAAAAAUAUCUGGGAUGGAAACGUUUCUUAA